AUAAGUAAAUUGUAAUACACGCUGUUAUCGUUAAUCAAAUUUUAUGUUAUUAUGUAACAGUAUAGAACAAAGGUUAAAUAUAGGUCAUUGUUCAAACACUAGUGUUCCUUGAUAUUUAGUAUACGUUCGAAUUUUUUUUAUACUGAGCUCACAAGAAAAAAAAAAUAUGCCUGAAAACAUCAAUCGUUCGGGCCCAUUCAUAGGAGCAAUUGAUGAAGGGACGAGUAGCGCUAGAUUCUUAGUGUUUGAUGUUUUACGUAGAAAAGUGAUAGUAUCUCAUCAAAUUGAAAUUAAACAAAAAUAUCCACAAGAAGGAUGGGUGGAACAAGAUCCAAAAGAAAUAUUACAAGCAGUUAUAGAAUGCAUAAAAAAGACCAUAGAAAAGUUAAAAGACAUUGGCAUGAGUGCAUCAGACAUCAAAGCAAUUGGGAUUACUAAUCAACGAGAAACUACUUUAAUGUGGGAUAAAAAUACAGGAGAACCAUUGCACAAUGCAAUAGUAUGGCUAGAUAUGAGAACUACCACAACUUUAGAAGAUAUAUUAGAUAGUGUACCUAAUAAAACAAGGAACAAAAAUUAUUUGAAACCUCUUUGUGGUCUUCCAAUGUCACCGUAUUUCAGUGCUCUCAAAAUACGCUGGCUUAUUGAUAAUAUACCACGUGUUAAACAUGCAGUAGAUGAAGAAAGAUGUGCUUUCGGGACAAUUGAUACAUGGCUUAUAUGGAAUCUUACCAAAGGGCAAUUGCAUGUAACUGAUGUCUCAAAUGCAUCUCGCACAAUGUUGAUGAAUAUUGAAUCAUUAAAAUGGGAUCCUCUAUUAUGUCGAUUUUUUGGAAUUCCGCAACAUAUCCUGCCUGAAAUAAGGUCUAGUGCUGAAGUAUAUGGAACAAUUUCCAAUCCAGAAGUUCUUGCUGGUGUACUUAUAGCAGGCUGUGUAGGUGAUCAACAAGGAGCACUUCUUGGUCAAUUAUGUUUAAAGCCUGGGCAAGCAAAAGCUACUUAUGGAACUGGUUGCUUCUUACUUUAUAAUACUGGAAGUGUUAAAGUAGAUUCGACUCAAGGCCUUAUUACAACUAUUGCAUACAAAAUAGGUAAAGAACCAGCAAUUUAUGCAUUAGAAGGCUCAGUAGCUGUAGCUGGAGCUGCUUUAUCGUGGUUACGUGAUAAUAUACAGCUAUUCAAUAAUAUUGCACAAUCUCAAGACAUGGCAGAACGUGUGAGACAUUCUGGAGACGUAUAUUUUGUACCUGCAUUUUCUGGUUUAUACGCGCCUUAUUGGCAACAAGAUGCAAGAGGAGUAAUUUGUGGUAUCACUGAAGAUACGCAACAGUAUCAUAUCGUUCGAGCAGCAUUGGAAGCUGUCUGUUUUCAAACGAGAGAUAUUUUAGAAGCAAUGGUAAAAGAUUCCGGAACGAAAUUAACAACUUUACAAGUUGACGGUGGAAUGACUGUAAAUAAUUUACUUAUGCAACUACAAGCUGAUAUAACGGGAAUAAGUGUUGUAAGACCCAAUAUGGUAGAAACAACAGCUUUAGGAGCAGCUAUAUUAGCUGGUAUCGGAGCAAGUAUUAUUGAUAUCAGCGAUGUAGAUGCGUCGCAAGUUACGAAAUUUUCACCCGAAAUUGGAGAAGAUGAAAGAGAUUUAAGAUAUUCUAAAUGGAAAAUGGCUGUUGAAAGAUCUAUGAAAUGGGAUUGUUCCACCGCUUUAAUAAACAAUUAAA